GCGCCGCAGCCAUGGCCCUGGUGACCCUGCAGCGUUCGCCCACGCCCAGCGCCGCCUCCUCCUCGGCCAGCAACAGCGAGCUGGAGGCUGGCAGUGAUGAGGAGCGAAAGUUAAACCUCAGCCUGAGCGAGAGCUUUUUCAUGGUGAAAGGAGCAGCCCUCUUCCUGCAACAGGGGAGCAGUGCCCAAGGCCCGCGGAGUCUUCAGCACCCCCACAAGCACGCAGGUGACCUGCCCCAGCAUCUGCAAGUGAUGAUCAACCUCCUGCGCUGUGAAGACAGGAUCAGGCUGGCUGUGCGCCUGGAGAGUGCCUGGGCGGACCGUGUGCGGUACAUGGUGGUGGUGUACAGCAGUGGGCGCCAGGACACCGAGGAGAACAUCCUGCUGGGAGUGGACUUCUCCAGCAAGGAGAGCAAAAGCUGCACCAUCGGGAUGGUUCUACGGCUGUGGAGCGACACGAAAAUCCACCUGGAUGGAGACGGAGGGUUCAGUGUGAGCACCGCUGGGAGGAUGCACAUCUUCAAGCCCGUGUCCGUGCAGGCCAUGUGGUCUGCCCUGCAGGUCCUUCACAAGGCCUGCGAAGUGGCUCGGAGACACAACUACUUCCCCGGGGGCGUGGCCCUCAUCUGGGCCACCUACUACGAGAGCUGCAUCGGCUCGGAGCAGAGCUUCAUCAACGAGUGGAACGCCAUGCAGGACCUGGAGUCCACCCGGCCCGACUCCCCAGCCCUGUUCGUGGACAAGCCAACCGAAGGGGAAAGGACCGAGCGCCUCAUCAAAGCCAAGCUCCGAAGCAUCAUGAUGAGCCAGGACCUGGAGAACGUGACCUCCAAGGAGAUCCGGACCGAGUUAGAGAAGCAGAUGAACUGUAACUUGAAAGAAUUCAAGGAGUUCAUAGACAACGAGAUGCUGCUCAUCUUGGGGCAGAUGGACAAGCCCUCCCUUAUCUUCGACCAUCUUUAUCUCGGCUCGGAAUGGAAUGCAUCCAACCUGGAGGAACUGCAGGGCUCAGGGGUUGACUACAUCUUAAACGUCACCAGAGAAAUCGAUAACUUCUUCCCCGGCUUAUUUGCCUAUCACAACAUCCGUGUCUAUGAUGAGGAGACCACAGACCUGCUGGCCCACUGGAACGAAGCCUAUCACUUCAUAAACAAAGCCAAGAGGAACCACUCCAAGUGCCUGGUCCACUGCAAGAUGGGGGUCAGCCGCUCGGCGUCCACGGUCAUCGCCUACGCCAUGAAGGAGUUCGGCUGGCCCCUGGAGAAGGCGUACAACUACGUGAAGCAGAAGCGCAGCAUCACCCGGCCCAACGCGGGCUUCAUGAAGCAGCUGUCCGAGUACGAGGGCAUCCUGGACGCCAGCAAACAGCGGCACAACAAGCUGUGGCGCCCGCAACCAGAGAGCAGCCUCCAUCAGCCUGCAGAUGAGCCCGCGGGCCCCAGUGACUUCUUGCCAGAGGCCCUGGAUGACACCACGGAAGCCCAGCUGCCCUGCAUGGGCGAUGCCACCCAGCCCGCAUUCGCGAGCAGCAGGCUCCCGGGAGGGCCCACGCUCCCUUGCUGCUUCCGGCGGCUCUCAGACCCCCUCCUACACUCCCCGGAUGAGGAAGCGGACGGCUUGGUCCAGCUCGAGGAUCCAGAGAGGGAUGUGCUCCUAGAGGGAGCUGCGCAGCCGCCCGAGGCGCCCCGGCCGGCCAGACAGCCCCAGGAGAGCCCUGCCCCCUGUGAGAAGGACGUAAAGAAGAGACUAGAGUUUGGGAGCCCCAAGACGCGGAGUGGCUCCCUCCCGCAGGUGGAGGAGAUGGACAGGGACGAGGGCCCAGGAGCUGGGAGGUGGGGCCGCUCCCCAAGUCCGCUCAACCGGGAGAACCUCAAUAAUAACAACAGCAAGAGGAGCUGCCCGGAUGACUUCGAGCAUGAUGCCAUAUUUGGGAUCCUGAACAAAGUGAAGCCACCCUAUAAAUCCUGUGCCAACUGCAUGUACCCCGCGGCCAGCGGGGCUCCCGAGGCCUUCAGGGAGCCACAUGAGGACCCAAGUGCCGGCGCCAUAUGCACGCAGCCCGCCUUCCUGCCCCAUGUCACCUCUUCCCCUGUGACCCACGCCACCGGCAGGUGCAAAACCCUGGAGAAGCCAGCCUCUGGCCCAGCUGAAACGUCCCCAGUCCUACCAACCACUGGCCCAAGGCGGCCGGACGGCAAUGGCCUUGGGGCCCGGGCCACCCCAGAGUUGCCAGCCAGCCUUUUGGAACCUUCCAGAGAGACCCUGAAGGUCCUUCCAAAGCUGCCCCUCCUCUUGAAGAAUCCUCACUGUGAUCAGAGCCCUGCCUGCACGGAAGGGGCGAGGGGAGAGCUGUCGCCCAAGAAAGACCCGAGGCCCACCAAGGACCUGCGGCUGCUUCUGUUCGGCGGCGAGGCGGAGAGGCCGCCGCCCACCAGCUACCUGAUGCAGCACCAGGAGUCCAUCAUCCAGCUGCAGAAGGCCGGCCUCGUCCGCAAGCACACCAGGGAGCUGGAGCGGCUCAAGGGCUCGCCGGCGGACGGCCUGGCCGGCAGGCUGGAAGCCAGCAUCCCCGAGGGGAGCCAGGAGCCGGCCACGCCCCACAUGGCAGACGGAGCCUCACUGAGGAGCCCCCCGGCCUUCCUGGGCCGCCUGGACCACACCAGUAGCUUCUCAAAGGACUUCCUGAAGACCGUGUGCUACACGCCCACCUCGUCGGCCGUGAGCUCCAACCUGACCCGCAGCUCCAGCAGCGACAGCAUCCACAGCGUCCGCGGGAAGCCGGGGCUGGUGAAGCAGCGCACGCAGGAGAUCGAGACGCGGCUCCGGCUGGCGGGCCUCACCGUCUCGUCGCCGCUCAAGCGCUCGCACUCCCUGGCCAAGCUCGGGAGCCUGGACUUCUCGACAGAAGACCUGUCCAGCGAGGCCGACAUAGCCGCCGCCGCCGACUCUCAGGACGCCAAGCCCAGCAACUCUUCCUUCUUGCACGAGCCCCAGGCCACGCCACGCAGCCCGGCCGCCACCUGCAAAGCAUCAGGGAAAUUUGCCCCCGAGGACUUGAGAAGCCCCUGCCGGGCGAGCAAGAGCUGACCCGCCCUGCGCAGCUCAGGGACGUUGGAGCCCACUUUUCCCAGGACCCUCCCUCGGCCCGCCUGAGGGUGUGGGCCAGCCCCUGACACCUUGAUUCGUCUUAAGCAAGUGCAGUCACCCCCACCUGGUCCCCUCUUGCCCGAGAGAGGAGCAGGAGAAACACCAACGGUUAACACGCAGCACAAGAAGAAAGGGCGCGAGCCGUCCCCAGCACACACACAACUCGGGUCCCCAGUCAUGUGUCUGCAGGAAGAGUCACGUUUGAAGAAGAGCGUGCACAGAUAUGCACACCCUUCCAGAAUAUUCCAUCUGCAGCGUGCAAAAGCAGGGUCGUGGCGCCCUCGGAGGAGGUAACUCUGGGAUGGCGACACCUGUCCUACCUCUGUUCUCGCUGCGCUCUGCUCCUGUGAAGUGGGGUCACCACCCAGCCUGCCUCCCGGGAGUCGUGCAGGGUCAGGAAGGGUCUCCCCAGGAAGGACUUCCUGCUAUUGGGGACCCUAGAGAUGUCAAGACUUCAGGCCGUGUGCACGCAGCCCCAGCGGGCAGAGUCAUCACUCGAAGGCUAUGCUUGAACCAGCCCUGUGCUGAGUGGCGGGCAGCCGUGCGCGAUGCGUGUCCCCUGUCCCUGGUGACGUGUGUGUGGCAGGAGAUAGGUGGGAGGUUGUCAGUUGUUUCCGUCGCCCCCCCGUCUGAGGGGGGAGGCCCCACGGAGCAUGCUGAGCCCCCUCGCUGCUGCUGAACCACCUGUGGUUGGGAUUGGGAGACACCAGGAUCCUGAAGGGGCGGGGGGGUGGUUUCCGAGAUGCCAGUGGUCCUGCUGGGAGCCCCAAGCUCAGCCUCCGCAGGUCCCAUCUCCUCGUGUCGGGUGGGAAGAGGUCUCAGCAGUGAGGAGCUCUCUGUCUCUUCUCCGGGAGCCGCUCUGAGAGGGCCGAGGCCAUGAGGGCGUUGUAGAUGUUUACAGCUGCCUUUUCCUGUAGUGAGACCCCUGCUUCCUGCAAGAUCCCCACUUCCUGCUUCCUGCCCCCCCCCCCGCCCCCCGCAGCCGUCCUGGCGGAGUCAGGAGGAGUCUAGAUGGAGCCUCAGCACCAGCACCAUGGCGGCCCCCGUAGCCAUCAGGUGAGCGCCAUGCAGCCUCAGGCCCUGGGCUCGAAUCGAGGGUCUCACAUGGUGUCUGUGAGCCAGACCCCAAAAAAAUAAUUUGAAGGAGCAUGAUGGAAAGGCAGAGGUGGGGUUCAGGAUUCUACACGCCACUCUGGACAGCCUCCGUGGGCUCAGUGGGUUUUACAUUCUUCAGGGGUUGGAAAAAGAAUACAAUAUUCACGUGACAGGGCCCAAAUGGCCUGCAAAUCCUAGACACUUCCUCUGGGGCUCUGACAGGGGCCCCGCGGGGAUAAACUGGGCAAACCGGAAGCCGGCCCCGGCCUCUGGGACCCCUCAGGCCAGACGCUGGCCGCCUCCCAACUCCAGGCCUCGGCGGCCCGCCGCAGCUGGGCUCUCCCGUGCAGGAUGCAGUGUUGGGGGAGGGGCAGGCGCAGGGGGUAACGCUGUUGGCCGAGACCUUUCCACGUGGGCCACAGUGACCCGUGAAACCAGCAAGCCCUCCCGGGCCAACCAGACCCAGAGUGGGCUGGGGGCCCCCCAGAGCAGCCAUCUGGAGAGCAGCCCAGAAGGGGUCUCGGGGCGCAAGGUUGGUUCCUCUGGCGGUUGCUGCGGGGCGGAAUCCCUCCAGGAGCCGCGUCUCAAUGGUGCGGCCAUUCCGCUCCGCUCCGUGCAAACACACGUUAUUGUUAUGGUAACUUGAUGCGAGCCUGUUUCCGCCAGCAUCCGCUGACACAGCCUCACAAGGUGAUCUGCACCUGCCCCCAGCGCCCUGUAGGUCUCCCCCGCUCCUCCCAACAGAAGCAUUUUCUCAAAAACCCCACCACGUUCCACGUGUCUUGCCAAAUUACGUGUGCUGUGGCCGAUCCGCUUUUGUGUCAAAAUAAUCCCUUCCAAUUGGCGAUGGCACGCUUCCGUGGUUGUGGUAACCGCCUAGGAGAGAGCCUUGGGGAAACUUGGCCUUUCGAAAGCCAUCCGUUUUCUUAACCCAGGUGAGGGCUGGGCGUGGGAUCACAAAUACACACAGGCCUCCGGCUCUGGGCAAACCGAACGCGUUCGUGGUCAGGAACACGUCCAGGCUUAUCAACCAACAUCCGGGCAGCCCCGGCCCCGGCCCCCGUCGUCGGCAGGGCGUGAGGAAGCUCUCUAGGCCCGGAGGCUGGCACUGCAGCCAGGAGAAACCAUGAAGAUUCUCCUCGAAGACCAGAUCCAUGUCGCAGGGCAAACUGGCAUUUAAAUGUUAGACUAGGCAGGCCAGAGCGCGCCACCAGGAUGGGGGAACGCUCACUCCGCCGGGCGCUUUGUGUGCUGUCCUGGCUCCUGGGGCACAGGAGAGGUGAGCAGAGGAGGCAGUGGCCGGCGCCAUGCCGAGGUAGGAGGAAAGGCCCAUUUGUGAAUCAGCUCGGUCCCCUGGGCGUUCGGCCACACCUCAUCUUCCACCUGUCCUCAGCGCCUGUGGCCCUGCCCCAGGAUAGCUGGAACAUUCUGCGUCGUCUUGCCAGUUCUUGCCGGGCCAUGGAGAGAGGAGGCUGCCCUCUGCAUGGGCUUUGCCCCCUGCCUGAGAGCUACUUCGGGAUCUUCAGCAUUGUCCCCGGAUGCAUGAACAAGGGUCCCUCGCCUGGCCUUCCCUGCCUCUCUGCCACCAUACAGGGACCCCUGGCAACCUCUGGGCUGGCAGACAGCUCGCCACCAGGUGGCAGGCAGCACAUGGAAGCCCUGCUCAGGAGCCUUCUCGUCCCCCAGAUCGGCCCAGAGCACACAGCCAAGGUCUUGUUGAAUAGACCUCACUGGCCGCCCGGCGCCCCUGGGGACCGUUUCUCCCUGGGGGGAAUGAACGCCACAGCCCUCAGUCAAGAUCCUGCUGGUGGGUGACCUCGGUGCGGGUGCCCAAAGAGGGCCCCGCCUCCCCGCCUGCAGCGGGGACGCCUUUCACCCGGCCCUGCUUGUUGGCUGGCAGCCCCUUCACCUCCGGCAGGAGAACCUGGUGACAUCUGGGUGCCGCUGGGCAGGUUCACCGAUGGUUCCUGGUCCCACUGCACCCUCCUUGAAAGCCCACCUGUGCGAGGCCGCUCUGCUUAUGUCUGUGAGCAGACAGAGCCCGGAUCCAGUCGCCACUCUUCCAGUGCUGUCUCUUCCUUAUCCUCACGCAGGCUGCCUCACCCAGCCGCCCUUGACCUCUCUGGAGUGACGCUGCCCGGCGCUGUCCUGGGUCACUCUUGUGCCAUAGCUGCCACAGCCCUGGCACGGGUCACUCACUCACACAGGAGUCUUUAUAACGCCCCGCCCCAUGCUUGCUGCAUGAUUGCUGCCCCCUCCCCUCCCCUGCACUGUCAUUGUUUUACAAUCGAGUGCCUUAAUACUAGUUUACAAAUACUGUGUAUUUGUGCGGAACCGUUGGACUCUCAUCUUUGUGAUCGGAUCCUUUGGUCGUGGCGGUGGUGGUCAGCUGUGUCCCCUGCUAUGCAGUUCCACGUUGUGUGUCCGUGACUUCUUCCACGAGGAAGCAGCGCCAGCAGGUCCUGCCAGCGGGUCCCGUGGUCGCCACCGGAAAGGACCUGAGGUGUCUGCUGGCUCCCGGCCCCAGCCCCAGCCUGCCCUUGUCCUCUCGUUUAAUGCAGAUCUGUUACCUCCUGGGCCACCUGUUUCUCCUCUCUGUGAGUGUCUGAGCUCUUUGGCAACAACAUGUAGGUACCAGUCACCCCACCCCCACUGUUCCCCAAAUCAGGGGCUGUGUGAGAUGGGCUGCUCCGUGCUGCCGGUGGGGUCCCGCGUGUUGCGUUACGGUAUCAACGAUUUUUUUUUAAUUCUAUUGUUUCUCUUGUUUUUUAUAUUCUAUAUUUAAAAGGCAGUAUCUUUUGUACUGUAAAUUUGCAGUAGAAAAAGCAUUGUGCACUUUUUUUUUUUACUUCUGUUGGUGUGUGUUGUAUAUAGUCUAUGUGCUUCU